AUGGUGAUAAGGCUGGUAACAAGUAAAUCAAAAGUUGCUCCUAUAAAGCAAGUUACCAUACCAAGAUUAGAGUUAUGCGCAGCUGUAUUGUUUACAAAGUUAAUGACUCGAGUAAUAUCUGCUCUAAAACUUAAUGUGAAUAAUGUAUUUUUCUGGAGUGACUCUACGAUAGUCUUGGCUUGGCUGAAAAAAAAGUCCUGUUGUAUGAAAACGUUUGUUGCUAAUCGAGUUGCGGUGGUUCAAGAAAUGACGGAGGUGUGGCAGUGGCAUCACGUCUUAUCUAAACAGAACCCUGCGGAUCUCAUAUCAAGAGGUGCUGAUCCGGUCAAACUUCAACUGUGUGAACUGUGGUGGUGUGGUCCCCCAUUUCUUCUUCAACCUGUGAUGACUAAGUGCCAAGAUAUCCCUGAGGAGUCCGAAAAAAUUGUAUCUUCGCGAAUUAAAAGCCCAGUUUAA